CUAGUUUUAUAUGUAUGUGAUUACGAGGUUAGAAAUCGGUAAAACACGUGUUUCGUUCGCGUCUGAUUUUCGUUUAAAAUAUUUGACUUAUUUUAUGUAUAAAAUAGUCGUAAUUAAUUAAAUACGUUUGGCAAAAUGCCACGCGCUAAGAAAGCUUCCGAAGAUGAAGCAGAAUCGAAACCUGUUCGCAGAACUCGACAAACAUCAUCUGUUACUGAUUCUCCUGUAAGAAGAAGUACUCGUAAUAAACCUCAAGUUGAUUCUUCACCAGAACCAAUAAUCGAAAGUAACAAUGUUCCUAAAAGAUCUACUCGAAAACGAACACCAACUCCUGAUCUGGAGUCAUCUCAAACGACCAGAAAUUUAAGAAGACGCAACGUCAAAUCUGAAUCAGAAGCUGCAGCAACUCCACCAGUUGCUAGAGUCACGCGUAGAACUCGAGCAUCUUCUGUAGCAGCAGAAACUAGCAAAUCUAAGAGUAAAAAAUCGACUGGAACUUCUGGAAAGGAACGUCGACGUUUGAUUUCCGUUCCCACAGAACCUUCCCUUCUUGAAGAGCAAAGUGAUGAGUUUGAAACUUCGGAGAAACAGCCAGAUAAUCAAAAUUCCUCUCACGAGAGUUUCGAGAAAACAGACGAUGAUCAGACUCAAGAAGUCUCCUCAUCCAAAGAAGAUGAAAUCGAAGAAUCGAUAAUCGACCCUGCCGAAGAUUCCAUCAUGAUAAUCGACGAAAUAACCGGCGUCAAAUCCGUUGUAAAGAAAAAGGAGAAGUACACGGGCAUCGAAAAAAGACUCAGGAGUCGAUUGUUGGCCAGCCAACUCAACUUCAGCAACAAUGAGAGUUUAAACGAAUCCAAAAGUAACGAGGUACCGGAACUUGAAACGAAAAAGGAACGACGUUCCAGCAAACAAGAUUUUCAGACCUCAAAUCUUGAAAAUAACGAUGUCGGAGAUGAAGAUUCAGAUAAUAAAAUGGAAGUCGAAGAAGAAGUUUUUAAAGAAAAAACUCCGAUGAAGAAAUCUAGUUUAGGUAAGAAAAAUCUCGGGGGAGAGGAGAAUGUGGAAGUUUAUGAAGAAAAGAGUCCGAGGAAAAGCAGUGGGAAAAAAAUCAGUUUGGGAAAGAAAAGUUCCGAAGAAGAAGACGAAAGUUUGACAGAAGUUUUGAAAGAGAAGUCUCCAAGGAAAAGUGGCGGGAGAAAAUCCACUUUAGAAAAGGAAAGUUCCCGAGAAGCAGAUGAGAACUUGGAAGAAGAAAAGACGAAAGAAGUUUUGAAAAAUAAGACUCCAAGAAAAAGCAGCGGGAAGAAAUUGAGUUUGGGAAAAAAAAGUUCCGUAGAAGAAGACGAGUGUUUGGAAGAAAGGAUUAAAGAAGUUUUGAAAGAGAAGACUCCAAGGAAGAGUGAGGGGAGAAACUCCAGUUUGGGAAAGAAAAGUUCCGGAGAAGAAGACGAGAAUUUAGAAGAAGAAAAGGGAAAAGAAGUUUUGAAAGAGAAGACUUCUAGAAAAAGCAGCGGGAAGAAAUCCAGUUUAGGAAAGAAAAGUUCCGAAGAAGAAGACGAGAGCUUGCAAGAAGAAAAGAGUAAAGAAGUUUUGAAAGAUAAGUAUCUGAGGAAAAGCAGCGGCAGAAAAUCCAGUUUGGGAAAGAAAUGUUUUGGAGAAGAAGACGAGAAUUUAGAAGAAGAAAAGGGAAAAGAAGUUUUGAAAGAGAAGACUCCGAGAAAAAGCAGCGGGAAGAAAUCCAGUUUGGGAAAGAAAAGUUCCGAAGAAGAAGAGGAGAGUUUGGAAGAAAGGAUUAAAGAAGUUUGGAAAGAGAAAGAGACUCCAAGAAAGAGUGCGGAAAGGAAAUCCAGUUUGGGAAAGAAAAGUUCUGGAGAAGAAAACGAGAGUUUGGAAGAAGAAAAAAGUAAAGAAUUUUUGAAAGAGAAGACUCCGAGGAAAAGCAGCGGGAAGAAAUCCAGUUUGGGAAAAAAAAGUUCCGUAGAAGAAGACGAGAGUUUGGAAGAAAAGAUUAAAGAAGUUUUGAAAGAGAAGAUUCCGAGGAAAAGCAGCGGCAGAAAAUCCAGUUUGGGAAAAAAAAGUUCCGGAGAAGAAGACGAUAAUUUAGAAGAAGAAAAUAGAAAAGAAGUUUUGAAAGAGAAGACGCCGAAAAAAAACUGCGGCAGUAAAUCCAGUUUGGGAAAGAAAAGUUCGGGAGAAGAAGACGAGAAUUUGCAAGAAGAAAAGAAUAAAGAAGUUUUAAAAGAGAAGUCUCCGAAAAAAAACUGCGGCAGUAAAUCCAGUCUGGGAAAGAAAAGUUCCGAAGAAGAAGUGGAGAGUUUGGAGGAAGAAAAGAGUAAAGAAGUUUUGAAACCACGGAAGAGUGGCGGGAGAAAAUCCAAUUCGGAAAAUGUAAGUUCCGGAGAAAAAGACCAGGUUUUGGAAGAAGGUAUUAAAGAAGUUUUGAAAGAGAAGACUCCAAGGAAGAGUGAGGGGAGAAAAUCCAGUUUGGGAAACAAAAGUUCCGGAGAAGAGGACGAGAAUUUAGAUGAAGAUAAUAAUAAAGAAGUUUUGAAAGAGAAGACUCCGAGGAGAACCAGCGGCAGAAAAUCCAGUUUGGGAAAGAAAAGUUCCGGAGAAGAAGACGAGAAUUUAGAAGAAGACGAGGAUUUAGAAGAAUACGAGAAUUUAGAAGAAGAAAAGAGAAAAGAAGUUUUGAAAGAGAAGACGCCGAGGAAAAGUGGAGGAAGGAAAUCCUUGGAGAACAAAAGUUUUGGAGAAGAAAACGAAAGUAAUGAGUUGAAUAAUUUUAGAAGUUCAGAGGGAAUUUCCAAUGUCAAAGAGAAUCCUAGUAAAAAAGAGAAGACUCCUUAUAAAGAGAAGACUCCUUAUAAAGAGAAGACUCCGAAGAAAGAUGAUAACCCAUCUAACCAACUUUUCAAUGAAUUUGCAGUCGAUGAAGGCAUUGAUUUGAUUGACGAAACUAAAGAUGAAGACUUUUUCCCGGAACCUAUGGAAGUAGACGUUUCAGAUCAAAAAAUGGAUGAUUCUAAACAUGAAAGUGAUAUAGAAACGAUUGACGUUUCGGAGAAAAUGUGCCGUUAUUUCAAACCUCGAAAAAGUAUGAUAGACAUCGGAAGUGAGAAGCUCUCAAUCUCUAAACAGCGAUCCAGUCUCGGAAAUAAACAGUUAGAUUCUGUUGAUUAUAGCGAUCAAAAGGAGAAGAAGAGUAGAAAAUCCAAGGAAAUGGAUUCAGAGUCUGAUAACUGUGAAUUAAAAUCUUUGGUUGAUGAUCUUUCGUCAGAAAGUAUACCUGACAGAAAGUCCGCAACUUCUCUAAACAGAAAGUCUCUUAAUUCCGAUAAAAGGAAGUCAUAUUCUUCUGAGAUAAGAGAUUCCUAUUCGCUUUCAAGUGGACCGACUUCUUUCCAGCUUGUAGUGACUCCCGAUAGAGAUGAAAUUUCGAAUUCGCACAAAAGCAGCGAAAAGAAAAAUAGGAAAAGGAAGAGAGACAGUUCAGAAUUAGAUGAAAGUUACGAGAUUUCGAUGCUUGACAGUGAGAAAGAAUCUUUUGCGGAAAAAGAUAUGGAUAAGGAUACGACCUUGACUGAAGUAAAUAUUGAGGCAGGUGUAGAAAAGCCGAGAGAUCGUAGAUCCUUGAGUAAAAGGAGGUCGAACUCUCUUGAAUUUGCAAGAAAAACUGAAUCGAAAGAAAAAGAGAAGAAAACUCCAAGUAGUCUUCGAAAGAAGAAGAGAUUGUCGGCGGAGGUGAACGAGGUGGAAGCUGCAGGACAGAAGAAAACACCAAAGAAGGAUCAAAGUUUGCUGUCGAAGUCUUUGGAAGAGGGAGAAAUUUUUAAUUCUGAGGAAGAGAUUAUCAAUUCUGACGAUGAGGAUGAAUUGCUGAAAAGUUAUGAAGAAGGUCUUGAUAAAAAUCGGAAAAGGAGAUCGAAAUCAAAAUCCGUUGGGGUUGAGUCAUUAAUGGAAGAGAAGGAAAUGUCGAUUAGGAAAUCUUUCGAUAAUAACGGAUCGAUGUCUAGUUCUUUGGAAUACGGAAACGAAUUUGAAGAACAGGAAGAAUCAAGCUUGAGAAAGUCCUCUGGGAAAGAAGGAAAUAAUGAUUCUAAUUCACUUGUUCAGAGAUUGAAAGCUAAUUCCGAAGAAGGGCAAAUGUCGGAAAAGACGCCGAAGAAAUUGAACAAAUCACAAACUGAGAAGAAAUUAAAUGGGGAUGGAGAAAAUGGAGAAAGCAAAUCAUCGGAUGAGGAAUCAAUGGAUGAUGAGUCAAUUCCAACAGUUAUAAGGGCUCGGAAAAGUAAGAGCAUUGGCACGACACCGUCUUUAUCGCCGAUGAAGGCGAGAUUGAAUAAAUUGAAGGAUCCAGAGGGAAGUGGAAAGAAGGGGAUCGGGAAGAAAAUCGAAGAUAAGGAAUUUUUGGAUGUUAGCUCGAAGAUUCCUGCUUUUAUGUUCAGCCAAACUAGCAGCGAGAGUGAGGAUGACGGGGGAGACUCUGCCGAUGACGGUUCGAAAAGUAUAGACUCCGACAUCGCCAAAGAAUAUAAUCUCGAUGGUGAAACUAUUACCCACUAUUCUGAUGAUGACGUACCUGCGGAUAAUUGUCAAGCCUCAGAAACCGAAAAUUCGGAUUCCGAAGAUGAAGGUUCAGAUCUGGCAGAUUUCGUCGUUGAUGAGAGUGAAGAAGAAGAUGAAAGCGAAGAGGACGAACAGGACGCUGAAGAUGAAGAAGACAGUGACGACUCUGUUUUUGAACACAAUUUAGGAAAAUCUCCUAAAGUAACUAUGCCAGAAACCAAUACCGACAAUUUAAAUUCCGCUACCGAAGAAGAAGAUGACGACAACAAGGAGAAACAACCCGAAGAACCGGGAAAAGAGCAGUCACCUUCCAAAGUCAAAGAAAUCCGACGAAGUCCAAACUGUUCCACCAAAGUUGUGAAUGCAGGCCAGGAAAAUCAAUUUAAAGAACCGGAAACAGAAAUCCAAGGCCAGGAAAGAAAAAAUCCAGAUAUGGAAACAGAUAUUCAGGAACGUGAAAUGCAAAUUGAGGCAGAGAAAAAAUCUCCCGAGAAAGAACAAAAAUUCAAAGUAAAUCUUUGUUCAGAAUCGGAAUCCGAGAACUCGACCGACAAAAUUCUAAAAAAUUCCGAAGCUAAAUUGGCAAAAAGUCCUGUAGCAAACGUUUCUCUUAUCGAUGUAAAUGAAGAGAACAGGAAAAUCUCGAAGAAACUUAAAAAGAAGAAAGAAAAAGAGGGAUCAAAAGCAGAAGCAACUAAAGUUUCCAAAUCCGAGAAGCAGAAAAGAAAUAAGAAUCUAGAUGAAGAAGAUCAGAAGCUGAAGAAAAGAAAACCUGGAGACAAGUUCCCAGUGGCUUGUUCCACUCGUUACGAAGCGUCUUCCGAUUCUGAGGAUGAACUCGAAACUUUAAGUUUUGCCGAUGCAAGAAACGAGACUUUGCAUGUCAGCAAAAAGGAAUCUGAGGGCAUAAAAGCAGGCAAGGCAUUAAAGAAAAAUAAGAAAAAGGGACGCGUUGAAGAAUCAAAGGUUGUGAUUAGUUCCGGAAAUAUUAAACGCUUGCCGGAUGAACUGAUCGAAGAUCUUGAAGAUGUUCCAAGACCGAAAAAGAGACAAAAGGUCUCGAAACAAAAUGAUUUCACGACACCUUCUCUUGGAAUGCAUGAUCGACGUUACAGUGUUGCAUCAAAAAGUAAAAGUCUUAUUUCUGCAAGUGAUUGUGGAAGCACAACUGAUUUUGAGGUUAUGAGUCUCAAAAAAAAAGAAAAAAAAAUAAAAGCACAAAGUUCUUUGGCUUUAAAGUGGUUUAAACAGAGAAUGCUUGCUAGAAAUAUUCGUCAGCCAAUUUCGGUUUAUCUGAGUCAACAACAGAAAAGAAGGGCCGCUGGAAAGGACCUUUUUUGAGGUUGAUUGAAAAAGAUAAUACAAAAUUAGGCCAUUUUGUAAAUAAGUUAGUGAGUCUUUGCUUCCAGGCUCGAUAAUUUAAGAUUAAGGUCAAAGCGAUUCUGCAUCUUUUUUAUUGUUUAUCUUAUUUUAGGAGAGUAUAUAAUUUUUGUAUGAAAAUGUAGCAGGCAAAAUAAAGAAUGCAAAGUGCAAAUAUUUUUAUUAUAUGAAAAUGUUUAAAAGAUAAUGAGUUUUGUAAAAUCUGUUGCAGAUUAAACCGUUUAUUUUGUAGACAUACGUUUUUUCUUGAAUAUUUGGAACAUUAUAUUUUUGUGUCGGCACAUGUGAAUGAAUGUGACUCGAUGUGACUGGAAAGUAUAUGUAUUUAGAGAAAGAUAUGAAUUUUCGUUAAUGUUUUUGUGUAAAGGUGUGUUGUGAGAGUAUGUGUAGUAAUUAUUAAUUAUAAAUAUACUUUUUUGAAGAAG